AUGGAAGCUGAAAUUUGGAGAGAAACUCAGGCUCCUAGCAAGAUUUUGGAUCCUCCUGAAUCAACGGUCUCCCAUGGGAAUGUGGUUUGGAUUCAUCCUCCUCCCUCUUGGUUGAAAUGCAAUCUGGCUUCAUCUUGGUUGGAGAAUGCGGUUUUAAGUGGAGCAGCUUGGUUGUUGAGAGAUGAGAAUGGUAGGGUGGUGAUGCAUAGUCGUCGUGCUUUUCCAUGUUUUUCAUCUGGUUUAGAGGCUGAGCUGAAUACUCUCCUCUGGUCUGUGGAGUCUCUCGCAAGUCAUCAUCUGGAUAAAAUAAUCUUUGAAUCCUCGUCUUUGGAUCUUCGUCGGGCUCUUUUGCAACCACACCACUAUCCCCAGCAUCAGGUUCUCAUAUUACUAAUUCUCCAGCGCCUGAAUGGUUUCCAGUCCUGGAGUGUGGAUUUUGUUAAAACUCUGCGGAACAUGCCAGUGCUUUCGAUUGCUACUAGUGUAACCUCAGACAAUAGGCAUCAAUCGUAUGUGGCGUCUGGUGGGCCUCUGUGGUUGCAUAAUCUGUUGCAAAAAGAAGCUUUGACCAAGACUUUGGGUUUCUACUCCUCCGCCCCUGUUGCUGUAAGAGCUGCCUCCUGA